GCCUUGGUUUGGGCUGGAACUUGAACAUUUUUCACUCACUUUAAACACCCAAAAUCCACCAAACCCUAGUUCCCACCCCUCCGAUCGAAAUGGCCAAAGACGAGCUCGCCGACGCCAAAAGGUCGUACCGGAGCGCCACCGAGAUCGGCGACCGCACCGAACAAGCCCGGUGGUCCAACGUCAUCGGCGACAUCCACAAGAACCGAGGCGAGUAUGUGGAAGCUCUCAAAUGGCUCCGCAUCGACUACGAUGUCUCCACAAAGUACUUGCCGGAGAAGCAGCUUCUUCCUACUUGUCAGAGUAUCGGUGAACUCCAUUUCCGUCUCCUCCACUUCCAAGACGCACUUGUUUAUCAGAAAAAACAUUUAGAGCUUGCCAAAGACAAGGAAGAUCUUGCUGAGCAACAAAGAGCCAGCACCCAACUUGCCAGAACUUACCAUGAGAUGUUUUUAAGAUCGGACGAUGAUAUUUAUUCAAUUCAGAAUGCUAAAAAAUAUUUCAAUUCUGCAAUGAAUCUUGCUAAAUCUCUCAAGGAGAACUCACCUAACAAGUCGAAUUUCUUAAAGGAGUAUAUUGAUGCCUAUAAUAACAUUGGGAUGCUACAGAGGGAUCUUGAAAACUUUGAUGAAGCACUAAAAAUGCUUACCAGAGGAUUACAGAUCUGUGAUGACGAAGAGGUUGCUCGUCUAGAUGAUGCACGAUCUAGGCUCCAUCACAACCUUGGGAGUGUCUACAUGGGGCUGAGGAAGUGGAGUGAAGCCCAAAAACAUAUUUUAGAGGAUAUCCACAUUUGUAAUAGCAUACAGCAUCGGCAAGGAGAGGCGAAAGGGUACAUUAAUCUUGGUGAAUUGCACAACAAGGUCCAAAAAUAUGAUGAGGCAAUCUCUUGUUACAAAAAGGCUCUUGAUCUUGCACGAUCAAUGGAAGAUGAGGAUGAUUUGGUUAAUCAUAUUAACGAGAAUAUGAGAAUUGUAAAACAAGCCAUUAAGGAAAUGGAUGAACUGAAAAAAGAAGAAAAAAAUCUCAAGAAGCUGGCACGAAACAUGGAAAUGGCUAUUGGUACAUCGAGUGAGCGAAAAUGUCUCCUGCAGCAAGAUGCAUCGCUUAGUCGCCUUAUCGAUAUAUCAAACUCCAUCCUGGCAUGGCGUGAACAUAAAGCUUUUGCUAAAAGGAAGAAGCAAAUAGCAACAAAACUGUGUGACCAAGAGAAAUUAGGUGAUUCUUUCUUGCAUAUUGGAGAAUCAUAUCAGAAACUCAGAAUUUUCGACAAAGCCCUCAAAUGGGUCACAAAGAGUUGGAAAGUUUUUAAGGCCAUUGGUAAUUUGGAGGGACAAGCAUUAGCAAAAAAUAGUAUAGGAGUAGCUCUGGAUUCAAGUGGUGAUUGGGCAGGUGCUUUAGAUGCAUUUGAAGAGGCUUAUGCAAAUGCCUGUGAAGCCAAACUUCCUUCAAUACAGCUGUCUGCACUUGAAAAUAUGCAUUAUAGCAAUAUGAUAAGAUUUGAGAAUUUUGACGAGGCUAGGAGAUUGAGAUCAAUAAUAGACAAAAAAAGGGAUUCAGCAACUGAAGUGCUUGAGCCGAAAAUCCUAAAGAAGGAUUGCUGCUCGGAAACUGAAACUGAGGGAGAUGAUCAACUUUCAAAUAGUAGAUCUGACAUCAGCUGUUCACCAGAAAUAAGUAAAUCAAGCUUUAAUAGGUAUAAACCUGGUCCUGGUGCCAAAGAUAUAGUGGAUGAUGCACCUUCAAAUUCCUUUCUGUGUCCUGAAAAUGCAUCUAAAUCAAAGCCUCGCCCCAUAAAAAAACCUUCCACUAGUAGAGAACCAGAUGAUAGUUCUCUCAGAAGUCAAUCCAGACUUGCCAGUAGUCAGGCAGUUAGCCGUAAACGUGUACGAGUAAUCCUUUCUGAUGAUGAAAGCGAAAAUGAUGAGGUGCCACCUUCCAGUGGAAGGUUUCGUUUUAGUCCAGCAGAAGAUGUUGCCACUUCCGAUGAAGUUGACCGUACGUAUAAUAUGAGAACUGCUCAUGGAUUGCAGGAUGUGUCUCCAGUUGCCUCACACUGUGUUAUCAGUGCUAAUACUCCAAUUAAUCAUGAAGGAACUGCAAGUUCCUACAAAUCAAGUGGUUAUAUGCGUGCAGAUCAAGAUGCAAAAGAUGUUAGAUCAUCGUGCUCGAACGAAGUUGUUAGUGUUUCUAAUGUUCAUUCAACUUCUGCCAGAUGCAGGUUUAAUGACAGUGAAAACCUGUUCCAGAAUCACAGGAAUUCCGGUCUCAGCCAUCAUAUUUGUGAUGAUAGCUGUUGUAAACAUGUGACAUUCAAAGUCGAGGAAGAAUUGGUAACCAUGGAGCUGAGCUCUUGUAUGAUUGGUGAUAAAGUCAGCAUAGCAGCCUUAAAGGUUGACAUCUCAUGCCUGUAUUUUCUACAGCUACCUAAGCAAAAAAGGUCAAAGGGUCUUUUACCUAUAAUUCAACACCUGAAGUGUAGAAGCAAAGUUCUUGACUCACUGGAAUCUACUGAAACUUUCAAGGAUUACUUUUCGGGAAAAGGAUGGAUUGAUGUUUCUGUUGAUGCUUGGGUACCAAAGCGUUUAAUGAAACUGUACAUCGACUGUUGCAUGGAGCUUUCUGAGCCUCCCAACCUACAUCUGCUUAAAAAGCUAUACAAUUUAGAGGUUUCGGAGGAUGAAAUCAUUGUGUCUGAUUGUGGCUUGCAAGACAUGUCAGUAGCACCGUUGUUGAGUGCCUUGCAUUUGCACAAGACAGUUGCUGUCCUUGACCUUUCCCACAAUAUGUUAGGAAAUGAAACUAUGGAGAAACUUCAGCAAUUAUUUACAUCUUCAAGACAAAAGUAUGGUGGUCUGAUAUUGGAUUUGCACCAAAAUCGCUUUGGUCCUACUGCUUUGUUCCAGAUAUGUGAGUGUCCUGUUCUAUUUUCUCGAUUGGAAGUUCUAAACAUCUCUGGAAACCGUCUGACUGAUUCUUGUGCAUCCUACCUUGCAAACAUCUUGAAAAAUUGCAAAGCACUGUAUGGCUUAGACAUAGGGAGCUGUUCUAUCACAUCUAGAACAGUUCAAAAGAUCGCCGACUCGCUAGAUUCCGGAUCUUCACUAGUACAACUUGGUUUAGGAUACAACAAUUCCAUAUCUGGAAAUGCCAUAGUGAAUCUAUUGGCCAAGCUUGCUACUUUAGAUAGAUUUGCAGAACUGAACCUCAAUGGUUUAAAGUUAAACAAGGCUGUUGUAAAUGGCAUUUGCCAACUAGCUAAAACCUCAUGCUUGUCCGAGUUAAUGCUUCAAGAUACUUGCAUAGGAACUGAUGGAGCAUUACACUUGCUGGAGUCUUUGUCUAGCGAAACUCGAGAACUGGUGAAGCUUGAUCUAUCAUCUUGUGGACUGACAUCUGAGUAUAUUUUCAGACUUAAUGAUGAAAUAUCUUUGAUCGGUGGUGUUAUUGAACUAAAGCUUGGGUGGAACCCCAUAACACAAGAGUGUGGAAAUGCAUUGGCGGCAUUGCUAAAAAAUCCUUAUUGUUGCCUAAGAGUUUUGGUAUUGAAUAAAUGCCAACUUGGAGUAGUUUGUCUGCUUAGGACACUGGAAGCACUAGCAGAAAAUCUUGUUCUUGAAGAGCUCAAUUUGGCAGCAAAUACAUGUUCUGGUGAAGUUAAUAGCUUGUCCCUUAACUUCAAUGGUACUUUAAAUUCCAUGCAUGCAGAUCUCAGUUUUGCCAAUUCCUCAGUUAAAGCAUCUGCCUGUAACGAUGCUCAUGGUGCUUCAGUUGACCCUGAUAUUGAUCAGCUUGAAGUUGCUGACAGCGAAGAUGAUCUAGACAGCACCAAACCUUCAGUAUCUGGUAUCCAUGGCAGCAGCAUGAGCUUUUCAGAAAAGUAUUCUUCUAAUCUGGAAUCCCAAUUCAUUCAAGAGCUAUCAAGUGCCAUUAGUAGGGCCAAGCAUUUGCAAAUGCUGGAUCUUAGUGAUAAUGGGUUUUCUGAACAACAUGCAGAAACAUUAUACCAUGCAUGGUCAGCAAAUUCAAGAGCUCCAGUAGCUGCCAGACACAUCGAGGGAAAUGUAGUUCAUUUGAAAGUGCAGGGGAAUUAUUGUUGCGGCUUGAAACCUUGCUGUAGAAAAAUCAAUUAGCUUCUACGCAGGCUCUUGGAUUUUCAAUGACAAUUGUCAUCAACCAGUAGCCCGUUUGAGCAAAUUGCAAAUUGUAAAAACCUCUUCAUUUGCCAAGUGCAAUUAAGUUAACGGUCCUGUAUUUGCAUGUAUAUGUAUCCAACUCGCAGUCAUAUAAUUUCAUAGCUUUGGUGGUGAACAUCAGAGAUUAUGACUAACAGCAUGAUAUUAGUAUUCAGUCUUAGCGCUUACAAAUCCGAUCAAAUCUGAAUAAAGAAAUUACCCUGCAUUCGACUUCUA